CACCACAGUGGGGAGAACAGCUCGAAAUUAUUAAACAAAAACCGCCAACGAGUCGGACGUGUGCGCUGCUGGAUGCUGGCGCUCUUUUCGCGUACCGUUUUUUCGAUUAAACAAACACACACGAAAUAAAAAUUGUUAACACAAUUUUGUCUGUUCUAUUGUGCGGAAAUCGAGUGAGUGCGAGGGGAGACAAACAGAAACCGCAACAGGCAAAAUCAACAAAAAGCGUGUGGGCAGAGGAAAACGAAAGGGGAAACUGUGGCUGUGUGUGUGUGUCAGUGAAAUAUGGAAAUUGAAAAUGCAAUUAAUCGCGCUUUAAUGGCAAGCCAUAGAAAUCGCUCAACGGUUUAGAGUGCAAGAGAAAAGUGCGGUCUUUGUUAUUGUUGUCAACACGGAAGGCCUAAAGCCAAAAGUCUGGAAAAAUAUAUCUACGUGUGUUUGUUUUUUGUUUUUGGAACAACAAUGAGCCAUUAGCGAAGUGCUGAAAUAGUCAAUUUACAAUUGGAGCCGCCGAGAAGUCUAUAUAUAAAAUAUAAACAUUUUGGUAUAUUUCCCUGGUAAAAAUGGAGGCAAAAAUCCCAGAAAUCGUUGCAAAUUGCUAAAAAUAAAUAAAAUAAAAGAAAACAAACAAUAACUCAAGCUUAAAGGUGGAAACCAAAACAAAAACGAUUUUGAGGCCCAGUCGAACGUGGAAUUAACUUGACCCACAGAGGUGCCCCACAAGAAAGAGAAAGAUAUAAAGCUUUAGAACGAGAAGAGCGACAUACGAUGCGUGUGGUUGGGAUGUUCAGUGGUGGCUUAAUGCUCGCCCUGGCCGUAAUGUUAACGCAGGCACGUUUCAUUGCGAAAAGAGAAACCACCGGUUUGGAGCAGGCGGUGGCUUCCACAUCCACUGACCCUGACAUUCUUCCAGCGACCAGGGAAAGUGAGGGUAGGGAACUGGUUGAAAUAAAGGGAGAAUCAGAUAUGAUUGACUCACAAAACAUACUCGAAGAUAAGGGAGUAAUUAAGGCUGAGAGUCAAAAUGAAACUGAGAUCCUAACGGAAAGUCUGAAAGAGAAUCUCAACCUUAAGAAAACCACAGAGGGUUUGGUUCAAAAUGAGUCCAGCAGCCAGUAAAAAAAAACUGAACCGGUUCCCAUAAAAGAACUGACAAACAAGGAUACCCCAGCAGAAGCGGCUAAAGAAGAUUCCAAAUUUAACUGCGACUCAGGUGUUAAAAACUCAACCUAUCUCGAAGACCAUGUAUCUACAGAAGACCCUGUAAGAGAAGUAACAACAGCGAAACAGAUUUUAGCCCCAACCACUGAAAAACUCCGCUAAGUGAAAAACCGAGCAAAAGGAUAUGGCAAUUAGUGAUCCCCUUCCAAAAGAAGAACCACAAGUUCAAUCUGAAACAAAGGAAAAACCUUCUGAACCUGUGACAGAAGAAAAGGCCAACAGCACUGUGGAGGAACUCCUAUGAAACCUGUAACACUAGGAGUUUCAAGCACCACGGAGAGAUUGGUUAAUAUCACAUCCACCACUCGUUCCUCUGAUCAUGGUCGAUCCAUGCAGUAUUCAUAACCACUGAAGGGUCUAUCGAUUCCCCCUGCAGUUACGCCCAUGAAACUGAGGGCCAUACCCAUUCACCUUAGCACAACUGCACCUACUAGCACCUCUUCAACCACAACUACUCAAGACAACCACACCACAUCCUUUGCUUCCCAUGAGAACGCCAUUGAGGACACUUCCCAGUCGGAGAUCCAUCAACUGCCCGAGAAGCGAGCCAAGUUUAUCAGCGAAAACUCCACAAAUGCCCCAUUAACACUACCCAACAGCGAAGUUUGGAGUCUGGCAGGGAUGAAGGCGAUUCCCAGCCCUCUAACGACCACAACCAUCUUGCCACUACUCAACCACACUGAUCGCAACGAUAUAGACAUACCGCUGAAUAAAACAGAGCAGCACAAGGAGAAGAAUCUCCUGGAUUGGAUGCACAUUGCUAUGAUGCUCGCACCAGAGAAUCGCACUGAAUUUGUGGUACGAACCACUCUGGAUGCCACUGAGGGUGCUACACAGGCCACUACCGAAGCUUUGGAUGAAAAAGGACCUUUAAAAAGUUCUAUAACCGCAGUUGAACAAAAUGAAGUCACAACAGCCAGGCCAAUGCCACUGACUACUGAGAAAAACUUGGAUCAUAAUAUAACAACCACAACUGUUGGCUCGGAACUUUUGGAGGUUCCUUUGGUAAAAAGUUGGAUGAUAAACCAAUGCCAAGUUAACGAGGCUAUUACAGAGGCUCAAAGUGAGAAAGAAGCAGCAACAGAGGCUGCAACAUUUGUGGCCUUAACAGAGCAACUUGCAACAUCACCUGUAACAGCGAGGGUGGGUUUAACAAAAACGGAACUGUUGAAUAUAACAGCAGUAUCAGAAUCAGCUAAAGUAUCUCAAAAUUUAACAGAAACCUUAUUAACAACGACCAGUACAACCACCACAACAGUACGACCAUUAUCUAUAGAAUAUGUUUCGCCUGAAAUAAUCUUACAAGAAGCAACAACAGAAGAAACGACAGCAGCAAUACCAAAGGCAAGCACAGAGACAGCAGCAACAUCAUCAGCAGCACCUACGAUUGCUGAAGCAUCAGCAACAUCUGAAGGUACAGCAACACCAGCUGCAACACCAUCAGCAACAUCUAGUGUUGCAACCACCCCCAGUCACAGUACAACUGAAAUGGCAAUGAAAGCCUCUGAAAUCGCAACAUCAACAGGGCAGCACAGCAACAGCAACAACAACGACGACGAUAACAGUAACGACGUCAUCGUUGCCACAACCAAAAUUCCAGAGAGCGAGCCGCCAGAAACAGCAACCGCUGAGCCAACAGCAACAUCGGUUAGUGUGCGACUGACUGGCGAGGUGAGCACUUCGAUACGGCCUGAAAUAAUCUUUGAAAGUACUCAAAACACUACCAUCGCAAGUACAACAAGUACAUCGACAACAACUAUAGCAACACCCACGCAAACGGAAAUUGCGCAAAUUAGCAAUGAAGUGAAUUUGGAGGCAGUGACAGUGAAGACGACAGUCGACAGUCUAAGUGCAAAUGUGAAUGUGAAUUCGAAUGAGCCAAGAACAGCUGAGAAAACCGAUAACGCGGUCAAUAACAGUGUGGCCAUAACAGAGAGCGAGCUGGAGGCGUUGAAAACCACCCCAGCGACAGGGGAACCCAAUCCACUCAGUGACCUGAGUAAGCUGAAAGAACACGAAUCCUCGCUGGAAACCAACAAUAUAGGCGAGGCACGCAACCGAAACACAACGACAACAUCAGCAGGUGUUGCUGUUGCAACGGAUGAGAGCACAGCGGCAACAGGUGGGCAGGAAAUCGAAAGGGAGAAGGAGCACCAUCAUGAGGGGCAACAGGUGAUCGAAGAGCAGGACACCGAAGAGCAGUUAGCCAAGACAACGAUGGCGGUGACAACAACGACAACACCUAGUACGACAACAACCACAACCAGUAGCAGUACAACAACCACCACAACAGAAAAGCCCUUAACUACUACACAAUGCAACGUGGUGAUAAGUCUGCUGGAUGAUAGCACCACCUCCAGCACCACAACAACCACCACAGCUGCACCACCACCCACAACCACAGAGGAAUAUGUAGAAUCCUCCACGGUGGUCAACACCACGAGUAGCAACAUAAUGCUGCCGGAGACCACCACCCAGCAACCCACCUUUAUGGCCCCCUAUCCCAACGAACUGGACCACAUGCAGACCAAUGCCCAAGGGAAUGGCACGGAUGUGAAUGUGAUCAUAGCCAUCACAGUCAGCGUGAUUGGUGUGGUGGCCCUCAUCCUUUUGGUGGCCUUCCUCUACCUGAUGCGCAAGCGCCAGAAGCAAAUGUCCUAUGGCCAAAGGUGUCGUCCGGUGAGCCUGGAUGCAUACUCCCUGGACAAUGUCUCCGUGCUGGGCAGUGUGCGACGGAAGGGUCGCGAUGUUAGGGCCUCCAAGAGGACCUAUGGUAAUGCCGCCUUCGAUGAUCCCUCGCUGAGGCACAACCUACUCACCGCUGGAGAGCUGGCCCGCUUUGUAGAACGGCGGUCCGAUAUUUUCGAGGAGUUCCGGGACGUCCCACAGAUCAUCGCCAGAGCAGAUGAGGUUCCUCCAGGCUGUGAAGAUAAGAACCGCUACGCCAACGUGAUUCCGCUUCCUGAGACGCGGGUGGUGCUCCAGCGGCAAGGCGACGAUGACAAAACGGAAUACAUUAAUGCCAAUUAUGUGCGGGGCCCCCGAGACGCGCCCAAUUACUACAUAGCCUGCCAGGCGCCACUGGAGAGCACGACCAGUGAUUUCUGGCGCAUGAUCUGGGAGCAGCAGUCCCGCGUCAUCAUCCAGGCAACGGAUCUCAACGAGAACGGUAUUGAGAAGUGUGCCGAGUAUCUGCCCCCAUCGGCGACUCUGGACAAUCACAGCAGCUAUGGCGAUUAUCAGGUGACCCUGAAGCAUCGCGAGGUUAAGGACCGAUAUGCCAUCUCCACACUGGUGUUGAAGCGAGUGGAUGGCGAGGAGAGCCGUGAGCUGACCCACUACUGGUACAAAUGGCCAGAGGCGGGUGUUCCCGCCGAGGAGGCGCCCAUCAUUGCCAUGCUGCUGGAGGCGCGCUCAUCCCUCAAGUCCUACUGCCUGGAGCAAGCCAACGAGUUGCGAGAGAAGUCAGCCACUCUGGAGACCUCCAUGGAUGCGAAUGGCAGCAAGGCCGAGGCGGGCAGUACGUCAGAGGAGAUUAAUGGAAAUAUCUCAAGUAGGAGCGGUAUUCGAAGCCAGCAGGGACCGCUAACCGUUCACUGUUCUCCAGGCACGGGACGCACCGGUACCAUUAUCGCCUCGGACAUGGCCAUCCGUAGUCUGGAGACGCCCAAGCGAUCCGUGGAUCCCCAGUUGGUCUACUAUGUGCGACGGGGACGGGCCAGCGCGGUUCAGACCAAGGAGCAGUAUGAAUUUAUCUACAAGGUGGCCAGCAUGUAUGCGGCCAAGAUCACAAAUCUGUCCAACGACAACUAAGAAUAAAGCCCCCAUCGAGUGGAAACCGAAUUUUCGAUUGAUUGAUUGAGAUCACCUUUCCAGCACUGAUCCGUGGGACCCUCAGUAACAAUAAUAGCUAUGUUUUAUACGAAAUAUUAGUGUAAAUUAGUAUUAUGCUUGAAUGUUGGCACCUGAUUAAGCAUCGUUAUACGUCGGGCUUUAAAUAUCAUUUAAAAUGUAUGUAUUCCUUUAUUAUUGUGAUAUAAUCGUACAUUCGUAUAUCUCCUGAUAUUCUGUUGCAUAUUUAUAAUGUCAAUUUUUGUUUUUUGCACUGUCGCGUUUGAGUUCCGGGGCCAUACAAUCCGGAACAAAUGUGAAAUAUUUGGAGCUCUCCGUAUUGUAUUUUAAGAAAGUCAAACAUGUAAUCAAACUAUGAAUGUAUCUAUUUUAAACGAGCUUUAAUGUACGUAAGUUAUUUGUAAGCAAACACCAAGCUGUACUGUACUCAUAUUAUUGUGAAUUACAAGAAAAAAUAUGUUCAGCAGUG